AAAUAAAAUGGCGGAUCGAAACGCUCUAUCUCUACGCUAACCGCAUUGCUGCGGAAUAUUCGUGAAAUUUCGGAACAAGUUUUAACAAUAUUCGCCGCCAAUCUCAUGUCAAAACAAAUAUUUAUUUUGAUGUAAACAAUGGAACAACAAGUAAUGGUUAAAACGGAGAUGCAGGCACAGCCUAACGGAGAAAUCCUCCUAUUUUAUGUGGAUGAAAAUGAGACAGAAAAUUCAUCUGUUGAAUUGGUUCAGAUGCAAGAAAAAUCCAAUAGUGUUGAAUAUGAGGUCCAGUUGGAUGAAGCUCCUUUAACUACAGUGUGGGCCGAGCCUGUCAAAUUGAGGUGGACAGAGGAAGAAGUCCAAAAACUCCUUGUAUUCUACGUUGACAAUAAAGAAACCUUUAUCACUGGCACAGCUAAGAAGAAACAUCUCUGGGCUAUUGCCUGUAAGACCAUGUUGGUUGGCAAAACUGCUGACAAUUGUGAUGUUAAGCUACGUAAUUUGAAGCACAAGUACUCCUCGAUGCUCAUAGACCAACAAAAAGGCGUUGCUGUUACCUGGCCCUUGUUUAAUCUGUGCCAUCAAGCAUUCCAUGACGAUACAUACGUCCAAUUUAUCCUCCGAGUGCAAUUAUCACAGCCACAAAAAAAAAUUAAAGUACCAGUAGAGAACAACCCUAUCGAAGAAAGCUCAAAUAGUGGUGUUAUAACUGUCAAAAAUAUUAACACAAACAAAUCGACAGGAGAUGCUAAAGUUGAAGCGAUGUUGAAUUUAUACUUGAAAUACAAGAAAAACUUCCAGAAGGAUUAUUGGCGUAGAGGUUUAUGGGAAACUAUUGCCAUUGAACUAGGGGAGGAAGACUCGGAUUAUUGGCACAAACGAUUCUUGAAUUUUAGGCAACAUUAUUUAAGAGCACACGCCAAGCGAGAAAGCCAGGGACCUGAGAGUGUGCAAUGGCCUUACAUGCACUUAUUUGAUCAGAUAUUUGAAGAUGAUCCAGAAUUUCAGAGGAAGUUUCUCGAAAAUGGUACUAGAAAGGCAGAAGUUCAGCCUGUAGAUGUAAAUGAGUGGAACGAGACAGAAAAGACGAUUCUAGUUAAGUAUUACUUUGAUUGUUUCGAUGAAUUUAUGGACAAAACUAUACCAAAUAAUUUCCUAUGGAAUGAAGUUAGUAGAUUACUUGAUAAAAAACCAGAGGUAUGUAAGUCGAAGUAUCAGGAAUUAAAGGACGAACAUUUGAACUUGUAUUUUGAGGGUGGUUAUAGUCUGAGACAGCGCAAACCGCUUGCAAUAUUAUUUGACAACAUAAUAUCAAAGGAGACCGUAUUGGAAUUGGCAAACAAUACAACAUACGUAGUGGUUUGGAAAACAGAAGAUAUAGACCUAUUAGUGGAGUUCUUAUAUGAAAACAUGAUAGUUUUCAAAGACCCAGUUUGUUAUAACGUUUUCUGGGCGUGUUUGUCUAAGAAAUUAAACAGAAGCAUACAGACUUGUAAACAGAAAUGGGAAGAAUUGAAGACUCUGUACAAAUCUAUAUUAGACGACAAAAAAGAGAAUCCGGACAUGCAAAUUGAUUGGAGAUACAUUGAAAUGUUUGACGUCAUAUUUGAUUAUGGUAUGGACACAAACUUGUUGAAUGAUUUCAAAUAUUUGAAAAAGGAUCAAGAUACUUCAAAAACUGAUAAUAAACUUGCAGUGGCACGGGUGAAUAUCAAAACUGAUGAGUUACCAGACAUAUCUGACGAUGAGGAGUUCGAUGAAAGAGGCUUCACCAAGCGCGUUAGACGUGGAGUCGGUGACUCCAAAGCUUUCCAGAUACUGGAGUACUAUCAAAAAAAUAAGGAGAAGUUCUCAACCUCACAACGUAAGAAGCAAGCGUUGUGGGAUCAGUUGGCCGGACAGCUGGGAAUGAGUGGGGAAAAGUGCGCCCAUAGGUUCAGAAAUCUGAAACAAGUCUACAUUUCGUACAUUCAACGUGAAAUAAACAAACCGGAGAUGCCUAUUUUAUGGCCUUACUAUGCAUUGUGCAAAAAAGUCUUUGGCUACAGAGCCAUAAAGAACAAGCUGAAAAACAACAAAAUUGGAUCUGCAGAGACUGAAGAAUGGGCUACGAAGGAAAUUAAGCAAAUUAUCAAUUACUACUCCAGCAAUUUCAGUGACCUUUCAGAGAGCUGCGAUAGUACUAAAUGGGCACCGUUAGCACGGAUCAUGAAUAAAUCAGAGACAGCGGUGAAUAUCAAGUUUAUGGAACUGCAGAAGUCGUACAAAAGGCUGAAAGCUAUGAAAGAAACCCAUCCAGAGUGCAAAGUGUCGUGGAAAUACUACAAUAUGUUUGAAGAUGUCUUCGCCAAGAUUGGGAACGAUGUGGAGAUAGUUGAGUACGUGGAUGAUGAGAUUAUGGAGGUGGAUGAAUUGGUUUACGAGGAUGACGUGGUUGAAGAGAGAAUCGAUUCGCAAGACGAAGACGACUAUCAAUGCAUCAUCGUGCUGCCCGAAGGUCAAGAACUAUCAGACAUCAGCAACGCAAAAAUCAUCAUUCAACAGACCUCUGAAGAUGGCACCAAUGAUGAACAGCCACAAGCUAAACCUGGGGUUACAAAAUGGAACAAACGAUCCAAGAAGAAACUAUUAGUGCUGUACUUGAAUUACAUCAGAUCAAGGAAAGGAAAAGAAAUUAACCCUAAAGAAAUGUGGACAGAAAUUGCAUCGAAAUUAUCGGAGAAGACGCCAUUGUCUUGUAGAAAGAUGUUAGCCAGGUUAAAGGCAAACCACACCAAACAGACUGAUGAUGAAGAGGCUAACAGGAGGAAAUCUUUGUACCACAACCUCAUGGAAAAAGUGCUUUUACUAAAACCGAAGUUCUCAAAGAAAAGUCAAACCAGUUCCAAGGUCGGUAAAACAUAUAAAGAUGUGCAGUUGCCAANAUUACCAACACAGAAAGUGGAACUUGCGUUGCAGUAUUAUUUGCAGCAUAUCGAGGAAUUCUCCAACCCUAGAUUCGAAAAGAAAUAUCUGUGGACAGAACUAGCCAAUUUCGUGUCUGAACCAGUGAAUAAACUGUUCAACAAAAUCAACUAUUUGAAGCAGUUCUUCAAUGUCGAAACUGAAGAAGUUGCUGGAGAGAAAACUUUAUUUAGCGAGUUGUUGCAAGAAAUUAUUAAUAAGGAAAAAAUGUUGAAAACUCAGACAGACACAGAGGCUAAAAUAAGUCUAGAAGAUGGUGAAGAAGUUAUCUGGACAGAUGAAGAAACCGAGCAGCUUUUGGUGUGGUAUCUGGCCAAUUUGGAUAAGUUCAAGAAUCCCAAAUUCGUUCGUAAAUAUCUUUGGAUGGAAGCCUCUUCCAUUUUGGGCAAAAGCCCGUUGGCCUGUUCCAAGAUGAUGACGAAAAUAAGGACCGAGUAUAAGACUAUGAUUAAGGAGAAUCCUGAAGAAUUGAACAGCUGGAGAUUCUAUGGGUUGUGUCAGAAGAUAUAUGGGACUGGGAAGAAGGUGGAAUCGAAUCCAGCCUGCUUAAUUCAACUCAUGGAAGCUGCGGCAUCAGAGGAAAAAAUAGAAUAGGAUGUAAUCUAAAUAAGUAUAUUCUGGAAAACAAUGCUA